CCGCUUCCAUGUAUUCAUAUAUAAACGUAACGGAGUGCUGCCUGCUGUGCUGACUUGGUUGGUGUGUGCUUUUCCCCCAAAAGAAGCAAACCACUCCUUGCGCCGCGCGCGGUGUUCGGAGAACCCAAACCCCAACCAACAUGAAGAUUAACGUCAAGACUCUCAAGGGGACUCACUUCGAAAUCCAAGUUAAUCCUCAAGACACGGUUGCUGAUGUCAAGAAAAAUAUAGAGGCGGUGCAAGGUGUGGAUGUUUAUCCUGCUGCUCAGCAAAUGCUUAUUCAUCAGGGGAAGGUGCUUAAGGAUGCCACAACCCUCGAAGAGAAUAAAGUUGCUGAGAACAAUUUUGUGGUGAUCAUGUUAAGCAAGAGUAAGGUAUCAUCAUCAAGUGGAGCCUCAACUGCCUCAGCUGCAACCCCAAACCUGGCAGCCCAACCUGAAAGUUCUUUGCCUCUUACUUCAUCACCAUCUCAACCUCCUGCAUCGACUGUAGUACAGGGAGUAUCCAAUUCUGAGCAAAGUCCAGUUAUAAAUCCUCCCACUACUGCUGUGCCCAGUACCUAUGGCCUUGCAGAAUCAAAUCUUGUUGCUGGAGAUAAUUUAGAAUCAACUAUUCAACAAAUUCUAGAAAUGGGGGGAGGAAAUUGGGAUCGUGAUACUGUUAUCCGUGCUCUUCGGGCUGCAUUUAACAAUCCUGAAAGAGCUAUUGAAUAUCUCUAUUCUGGCAUUCCUGAACAAGCUGAUCUACCAGCUGUUGCCAGAUCCCCGGCAACUGGUCGGGCAGAUAAUUCCUCAUCAAUCCAGGCUCCCCAACCAGCUGUACCUACUGGUGGACCCAACACCAAUCCACUCAACCUGUUUCCCCAGGGCCUUCCCGAUAUGGGUACAAAUGAUGCAGGAGACUUGGAUUUCUUGCGUAACAAUCAACAGUUCCAAGCAUUACGAGCGAUGGUGCAAGCAAACCCCCAAAUUUUGCAGCCUAUGCUUCAGGAACUGGGCAAACAGAAUCCUCAGCUAAUGCAGCUCAUCCAGGAUCAUCAAGCUGACUUCCUUGACCUUAUAAAUGAACCUGAAGGGGAAGAGAAUCUACAGGGUCAGUUGGCUUCCAUGAUGCCUGAUGCCAUCACUGUCACCCCUGAAGAGAAUGAGGCCAUUCAACGGCUUGAAGAUAUGGGAUUUGAUCGAGAUCUUGUGUUGGAGGUGUUCUUUGCAUGCAAUAAAAAUGAGGAUCUAGCAGCCAACUAUCUGUUGGAUCACCAGAAUGAUUUUGAGGACUAGUUAAAGUUCUAGUUCAUCUUCUCCAACUGAGAUCUUCUAUGAUGGUUCUUUGGUGUCAUUUGUUAGUCUUCUGCAAUCUUUGGAGAAAUGCCAAUGUUAAUAUUUGAUAUACUUUUAUCAUCCUUUGAACAAUAGCAUCGGUACAUCGUUUAAUGCCAUUGACUAGAAUACAGAAACCUUUAUUUUUCCCCAGCCUAUAUUCCUAGUUUUAUAAAUUCGUUUAUUUGACGGUCUAUUAUUUAUAUUAAUGAGAAGCUAGAAACUUAUUGAACUUCAA